CGUGUAUGAAACAGUGUUUUUGUGUGUGCUGAUUCUACUCUUUCACACACUAUAAACCCCCUUUCAUUCUUUGCUUCUUCAAAAUCCCUAAAAUUUCUAACCAUUGUUUAUUGCUUACAAUGGCUAAAAACGUUGCGAUUUUCGGUUUAUUGUUUUCUCUUCUUGUUUUCGUUCCUUCUCAGAUCUCUGCUGAGGAAUCUGAGGGUAAGGAAUUUGUUCUUACAUUGGAUAACACUAACUUCCAUGAUACUAUUAGCAAGCAUGAUUUCAUCGUCGUUGAGUUUUACGCACCAUGGUGUGGACACUGUAAGAAGCUUGCACCAGAGUAUGAGAAAGCUGCUUCUAUCUUGAGCAGCCAUGAAACACCAAUUGUUUUGGCUAAAGUUGAUGCCAAUGAGGAAAAGAACAGGGACCUCGCAUCAGAAUAUGAUGUUAAGGGAUUCCCAACAAUUAAGAUUUUGAGGAAUGGUGGAAAGAACGUUCAAGAAUACAAGGGUCCACGUGAAGCUGACGGUAUCGUUGAAUAUUUGAAGAAACAAAGUGGACCUGCAUCAACAGAAAUUAAGUCUGCUGAUGAAGCUAGCGCUUUUAUCGGUGAAAACAAAGUUGUUAUUAUUGGAGUUUUCCCUAAAUUCUCUGGGGAGGAGUUUAAUAACUUCACUGCAUUAGCAGAGAAGUUGCGCUCUGACUAUGACUUCGGUCACACUUUGGAAGCCAAACACCUUCCAAAGGGAGAAUCAUCAGUGUCCGGUCCCGUAGUUAGGUUAUUUAAGCCAUUUGACGAGCUCUUUGUUGACUCCAAGGAAUUCGAUGUUGAAGCUCUAGAGAAAUUCAUUGAAGAAUCCAGUAUCCCUGUUGUGACUAUCUUUAACAACGAACCAAGCAACCACCCUUUUGUUGUCAAGUUCUUUAACACUCCCAACGCAAAGGCAAUGUUGUUCAUCAACUUUACCGCCGAAGGUGCUGAAUCUUUCAAAUCAAAAUACCGUGAAACUGCUGAGCUAUAUAAACAACAGGGAAUUAGCUUUUUGAUCGGAGAUGUUGAGUCUAGUCAAGGUGCCUUCCAGUAUUUUGGACUAAAGGAAGACCAAGUACCUCUAAUUAUUAUUCAGCAUAAUGAUGGCAAGAAAUUUUUCAAGCCCAAUUUGGUACCUGAUCACCUUGCAACUUGGUUGAAGGCAUACAAGGAUGGAAACGUUGCACCAUUUGUCAAGUCCGAACCUAUUCCUGAAACUAACAACGAACCUGUUAAAGUGGUUGUUGGGGAAACUCUUCAGGAUAUAGUUUUCAACUCAGGGAAAAAUGUUUUGCUUGAGUUUUAUGCUCCUUGGUGUGGUCACUGCAAACAGUUGGCUCCAAUCUUGGAUGAAGUUGCUGUUUCAUUGCAAAAGGAUGCUGAUGUUGUUAUUGCAAAAUUGGAUGCAACUGCCAACGAUAUCCCAAGCGAUACUUUUGAGGUCCAAGGUUAUCCAACUUUGUACUUCAGGUCAGCAAGCGGAAAAAUUUCACAAUAUGACGGUGGUAGGACAAAGGAAGACAUCAUAGAAUUCAUUGAGAAGAACAAAGAUAAACCUGCUGCUGCUCAACAAGAAGUAGAACAACCAAAGGCCGCUGCUCAGCAAGAAGUAGAACAACCUAAAGAUGAGCUUUGAAGGAACUGAGCUGUAAGAGGAUAUAGGCACAACUCUUUUGUAUCUCAGAAUCAGAACUUAGGAAAUCUUAGUGCGAUCUAUCUAUUUUUGCUUUUUAUUUGACCUUUAUGGUUUCUUGUUAUGUACUAUUACUUAAUAAUGUGAGUUUUGGCGGAGUUUAGUGCUGGUCUGUAAAAUUCAAUCUUAGUUAAAUUAGUUUGUUUUCAGUUAUAAGAUUUAUAAAUCGAUAAAGGAUACAGAUGA